UUCGUUAAUUAUGUUUUGCAGGCUACAGUACAUAUUUAGUUUAUAAUGUUUAACAUAUUCUGUCUUUACUAGAUAAAACUUAUUUCACUGAGGAAGAACUUAAAAAAGUUGGCGAUAUGUACCAACAUUUGAAUUGGUACACGAGAUGCCAUAAAUCUAUGGCUUCCAGCAUAAAUGAGGAGGAUUUGUGUAUAAUAUGUUAUUCAAAUAAAAACAAUGUAACUUUGAGACCGUGUAAACACCAAUGCUGCAAAUUAUGUAUAAAUCAUCACGUACUUUAUUCACGAGUUUGUUUUUACUGUAAAGGAAGAAUUGAAUCAGUGGUGGAUGCUAAUAAUUCAUCGAUUGUAAUACAUGAUUUUGGAACUGAACCCCCACCGUUAUUGUGACCCAAAGAACUCAACUACAGACCAAUAUCAUAUUUAUAUAUUAUAUAUUUAUAUAUAUAAUAUACAUAAAACAUAUAAUAGUUAUUAUUGAAUAAACAAUUGAAAAUAUUUAUAUGCUAUUGAAUUAAAAAAGUUAAGCAUUAAUUAUGUCAAAUUAUGAUCGAUAAAACAAUCUAGCUACCUACUAUUUAAUGAUAUUAAAUAAUUUAUGUCAAAAUAACUAUUGCAGAUUGGUAAAAAAAACUGUGAAGUACAAAACAUUAAUUUAUCAACCUUUAAAAACAUAUACACACUCGUUAUAAAUCAUUCUUAAAGUUGAUAUUGACAAGUACAAAAUUUUCGUUCUUCCUCAGU